ACAAAGCAAACGAAAUCGCUUAAAAGCUUUAUGAACUCAGGCGCCUUUAGCAGAUUCGUCUUGCAUCCAGAUCGAGAAUGAAGUGCCUGAUUUUGUCCUUUGCUAUUGCCGCUGUCCUGGUGUCCCUGGCUUCAGCCGGAACCGUGGUUAUUGGCGGCCGAUGCCUGGAUUGCAGUCCGCCGGUGGGCGAAAAAGUCAUAGUCGAUGGCCAAGUGCAUAGCAGGGGCAAGCCAGGCCAAGGAACUGUCUACAUUAAUUCUCCGGGUGCCUAUCCAGGAGCACUGGAUGGUCCUGCCCGUGGUCCUCCCCGUAAGAUAGCCUCAGGAGCUGAUGGCACUCGGUAUCCCGAGGGCUUCAGUGGCCGUGUUCCCGGCAAUACUUACCUCCACAACACGGACUGCGUUGGCUGCAGCAUAAGCGGAGGCGGGGACUGAAAAUUAAUAAAAUGUGAUUAGCAUAAAUGAGAGUUUUGUAUUUGAAAUUGUUUUUAAAUUUGUUAAUUUUUAAAAUUUUAUGCCCGUGGAAAAGCAGAUACAAUUCGUGGGGAAAGUACAAACAUCGUUAGUUCACUAAAAAAAUAAAUAAAAGAUACAUUACUUAAACAAA